GGAAGCCCCGGGCACGGCUCCGACUCUCACUGACAUUGGAUCUAACAACAACAUUACCACCAACAACACCACCACCUCCAACAACAUCACCAACAACAACAACACCAACAACAACACCACCACCUCCAACAACAACACCACCACCUCCAACAACAUCACCAACAACAACAACACCAACAACAACACCACCACCUCCAACAACAACACCACCACCUCCAACAACAUCACCAACAACAACACCACCAGCAACACCAACAACACCAACAACAACACCACCACCAACAUCACCACCUCCAACACCAACAACAUCACCACAUACAACAUCACCACCAACACCACCAUUACCACAAACACCACCACAAACAACAACACUACCACCACAAACAACAACACAUACAACAACAACACUACCACCUACAACAUCACCACCAACAACACCACCACCAACAACACCACCAACACCACCACCUACAACAUCACCACCAACAACACCACCACCAACAUCACCACCUCCAACACAACAACAUCACCACAUACAACAUCACCACCAACACCACCAUUACCACAAACACCACCACAAACAACAACACUACCACCACAAACAACAACACAUACAACAACAACACUACCACCUACAACAUCACCACCAACAACACCACCACCAACAACACCACCAACACCACCACCUACAACAUCACCACCAACAACACCACCACCAACAUCACCACCAACAACACCACCAACACCACCACCAACAACACCACCACCAACAUCACCACCAACAACACCACCAACACCACCACCAACACCACCACCUACAACAUCACCACCACCAACAACAGUCCAUGAGAUCUGAGGCCAGGAGGGAGUGGCAACAGUGGUGGCAGCAGAAACUGGCCACAACAACAGCAGACGCAGUGACAGCAGCAGCAGCAGCAACAGCGUGAGCAUGGAGCUGGGCAGCGCAGAGCUCCUGGAACUGCUGCUCGACUGCCCGGAUGGGCCACGUGACACAGGGCAUUCUGGGAUACUUAUGGGGGAUGCCUUCAUCGGCUCUGAGGAAUCGGGAGACAUUUGGGGCAUCAAUCACGCCAUGGAAGACAGCGAGCCGGAGGACCUCCUCUCCCACAUGGUCGACCCCCACCAGGCGCGCUCCAUGUCCCCGCGAGAUGACGGCGGCUUGUCACCCAUGGGCAGCGACGACAGCGGCAUCUCGGACGAAUCGGCCGUGCCGGGCCCGGGGGUCUCCUUCGGCGAGGGCCUGGCCCCCAUGAUCGCCGAGGGCAGCAGGGCAGCAGUGGGCAGCGGUGCCCGGGACAUGUGCUACGUACUGAGCGUGGGGUUGGAUGGGGUGAAGGCCGUGGCACCGUCGUCAGACAUGGACAUCAUCUCCAUUGAGUACGACGAGUGGAACUCCCACAUGGCUGGCGUCUCCACGUUCGCUGACAAUCCCAUGGCAGCGCUGGCCGGUGGAAUCAAAGUGGAGGGCACCAUGCUGUCCGCCAGCCAGUACUCGUACCGCGACACUGGCAGCCUGUUCCCAGAGCUUAAUCUGUCUGAAGAGGAGAGGAAGCUGCUGGAGCAAGAGGGAUUGUCACUACCCUCCCACCUGCCACUCACAAAGGCGGAAGAGCGCAUCCUCAAGAAAGUUCGCAGGAAAAUCCGGAACAAGCAGUCGGCGCAGGAGAGCCGCAAACGGAAGAAGGAGUACGUGGACGGGCUGGAAGGGAGGGUGGCGGCCUGCAGCAAUCAGAACGAGGAGCUGAAGAGGAAAGUGGAUCAGCUGGAGGCACAGAACAUAACGUUGGUGACGCAGCUCAAGAAGCUGCAGGCCAUGGUGACGCAGACGUCCAGCAAAGCGGCGCAGACGAGCACCUGCGUCAUGGUGUUCCUGCUGUGCUUCGCACUCCUCGUCUUCCCCAACUACAGCCCAUUCGGCUCGUCGAAGAACGCCACUCAGGAGCUCUAUACACCCGAGGGAGCGGUGCUGUCCAGGGCACUAAAGGGGAUCGAAUCUCCCCUAGAAAACCUGGAGCCAGAGCAGCCUAACCUGCCGCAACCUGAGGGGGUCGUGCCAGCAGGGUCACCAGGAAGUCAAGCUAUGGCUGCCGCCGGCCCUCCCAGCAUCCCUGAAAAUCUGCCAUCGCAGUCGUCAUCAUCAUCAUCAUCAUCGGCAACAGCAGCAGUGGAUGACGUGGUGAAAGCGGGCUGUGGAAACGCCACAAAUUGUGUGGCUGCCAUCAAAGAUGUGGUUGCGGAGGCGCCAGGCCCGGUUGGCGUGCCCAGUGUUGCGGUCGGAGACGGGGAGGCUGCGCUGGGCAAUGUGGCCGAUGUCGUCAAGUCGACGCACGCUGACGAGAUGUGAGAGACUUGGAGGGAGGAGAGAAAACGGGGAGUAGCGGGGAGAUAUGAGGAGCGGGUGGAGGAGGAGGAAGACGUGGGGAGGAGAGGGAAGACACAAGGAGGAGUUUGAAGACACGGAGAGGGGAGGGUAGAUAGGAUGAGAUAGAAGAAGAGACGGAGAGAAGGGAGAAUUGAGAGAGCGGAAUGCCAUGAUAAGAGACAAGGGGGCGAAGAGGCAGAGGGAGACACGAGGAGGGGAGACAUGGGGGAGUAGAGGGGAAAACUUUGGCCCAGAGACGUGACUGAAGGGGCCUCCUGAAUUUGUCUGCUGUAACUCUGCGGGUUUCCUGACACUGAAAUCAAUAACCAAAAAAAGCAUAGAGACCUGUGUAAUAUAUUCUAUUGUAAUUUAAUAAGUUAAAUAUUUUGACAUUCCACGGAUAAUUCUUUCAAUCGUCAAGCCAAUACGUGCCUUUAGGUACUAUGAGAGAGUCAGAGUAUCGAUAGGGAUAUUCAUCCAGGACGUCACAAUUUUCCUGGUGGCGUUUUGCUGCAUCGUCGAGAUUCGAUGCAAGAAUAAUUUUUUUCUUUUUUUUGUAUCAUCGUGGUAAAUGUUGUAGCAGCCUUUCAGCGGCUGCGUGGUUAAGGUCAACCUAUUGCACGCUUCGCAUCAUUCCAGUGAGAAUCGUAUAUUACUGGUAGGAACCACCUGGUUCCACCAGCCCACAGGGGAUUAUUGUGUCCGUCCGUCCGUCGUGCAUCCAAAAAUGGGAAGGGUCGGGCUGG